UAACCGGACACCAUUAACAGCUAUGAAUCAAUCAAUCAAUUAAAAUUUCACAUACUCCUGUUGAGUUCUACUUCAUUUUGUAGUUCUUUGUUUUGGACUAAGUUUUGUCUCUGGUUUUUUUAAUAAAAGGGUCGCAACUUGAUUGAAAAUAUACUAUUUCUAUUAUUAGUUUAUUUAGUAUGAAAAUAAGAAUUAUGUAAGCUAAGAAUUGCGCAAUUGUGAUUCGUUGUAAAAUAGUUAUUUUUUCUCUUGCUAUCAGCUUUACUUAAAAGAUUUUAAAAGAAAAAACAUGGAAGAUAUAGAGUGCCCAAGGUGCAAGACUACAAAGUACAGAAAUCCAAACCUCAAAUUGAUGGUCAACAUAUGUGGCCAUGCUCUUUGCGAAAACUGUGUGGAAUUAUUGUUCGUUAAGGGCUCAGCAGCGUGUCCUCAGUGCAACAUAGCCCUGAGGCGGAACAACUUUCGAGUUCAGAUAUUUGAAGACUCUUCUGUCGAAAAAGAAUUGGACAUUCGCAGGCGUGUCAUGAAAGACUUUAACAGGAAAGAAGAAGAUUUUCCCUCCUUAUUAGACUACAACAACUAUCUCGAAGAUGUAGAGACAAUUAUAUUCAAUCUGGCAAAUGAUGUAAAUAUCGAAGCUACAAGACGAAAAAUAGAGCAGUAUAAGAAAGAAAAUAAGACACAAAUACAGAAAAACAAAGGAAAGCUGAGUAAAGAAGAAGAGGAAUUGGAAUGUUUGCUGGAGUCUGAAAAGGAAGCAGCUGAAAACAGGAAGCUCCAAGCUAUAAAGGAAGAACUGGAAUUAGAGAAACAGAAGAGGAGAAACAAAGAAGCUUUGAUAGAUGAUCUCAUGUUUUCUAAUAAAUCAGCCAAAGAUAUACUUGCUACCCAUUCAGAGAAAGCAGCUUUAGAGCUCAAACCAAAGUUAAAAAAGACAAACCCUUUUUCAACUGGCAUGAAAACUCAACAAGUGUUUUUACCAGUGCCUAAACAAAACAAUCAAAAUAUGUAUAUUUACAAAGAUUUUAAGUUAGAUAUAGCAGGACCGGAUAUAUUUUCUCCCAAUACAUUAAAGAAUGAGGGGUUCACGAUGCAUGUACGCAAUGCGUCUGAACAGGAAAAAGCUGGCGGUUUCCUCGCAGAGUUUGCUUGCGAUCGUGCAUUGCAAGAUGCAUUUUGUGGUAUUUAUUUCACUAUUUAGAAAUGUCAUGCUCAAGAAAACACUUGUGUUAAAAACACUGUUUAAUAAAAUAUUUGUUUCAUAUAAUGUUAAUAGUGAUCUUAAAAGCUUGAAGAGAAUGUUGUAUUGCUUUUUUUUUUUGAGAAUAUGGUUAAACUUUUUAACUUUACAGCAAGUUCUAAAAUCUCAAAAAUUAUUUGGUUUCAAUUAAAAAAAUAACCAAACUUUUUUUUAAAAAAAAAAAACAAAUGUACAAAAACACCAAAAAAAUGAUGUACAAAGAGAUAAUAAAGUAAUCAUAAACAAAUGCCUGGAAACACACCAAUUUAUCGAUGCUUAUCCCACUAGGGGAUAUUUUUGAACUCCUGGUUUUGUUUGUUUCGAAAUGUAGAACUAAAUAAUAUUAUCAACUUAAAUUUUUUACUAUUCAUAAGAUAUUCUACCAUUUUAUCCAGGUGAAUAUUAAGGCUAUAUCAUUUAUUUUAGAAUUUUUUUUUUUUAAAGAACGGUGGUUUCUUAAUUAUUAAAAAAAACUGCUAAUUUGGCAAUAUGUAUAUUUCUGAUUAAAAUAAAAAUUGUAAUUAUUUCAGCUUUAUUAAUUGUCUUUUAGUUAAGUGUGUUAUUUUGUAGUGUUAUUCAGAACUGAUUAUUGAUUCUUUACUUUUUUUCACCCCUGUACAAAGAGCAUUUUCCAGUUGUAAUAAAAUAAAAAUAUUUUAAUCUGUU